AUGCUGCUUGGGUCACACUUCCACAGGAGGCCCUUUCCAGCAACUGUAUCUCAACCAGUGUCCAGCACCCCUGUGCGUCUUUCCAGUUCAGUUUUUGAGAAACAUGAGGUCUCCUCCCAGUCUCUCAGCUCCUUUCCUACCUGGAUAACACAAGCACUAUGUGACCUAUCACAGAGUGAGCAAGAACUCCAGCAGCUAAGGGAAUGGCAAACUGCAGAAGUGGACAAAGUAAACCAGGGUUUGGAUUCUGCUAUUCUUGGAGCUCAGAAAGAGGAACGCUACCUGCUGGAGAGAGUGGAACAAAUACAUAGGGAUACCCAGCAACAGAUGCAACAAAUAAAAAGAGAGAAUGCAGCUGCAGUUCGGGUAGGACAGUCUCUGGUAGACAGGCAGCUGAGAAAGGUGGGCCAACUGAGAGAACAAAUCCACAUGUGGGGUAGAUAUCCCAGUGGACCCAAUAAAAGUCAGUUACUGAGAGGUGUUCGGGAGCUGAUACAACCGUGGGAAAUCUCUCUCUCUCUAAAAAACUUACAUUUCCAGCCUUACCAACAGCCAAGUACCAUACCUUUUGGGGAGGUUGUUGUGCAAGAGGACAACCUGAGUUUUCCAGUUGGUGUGUGUGGACCACAGGGCCACAAGUGUGCUAUCCAUUCUGGAGAUUUGCCACAUGAGAACCAUGUGGCUGUAUCUGAACAACUGCAUACUCCAUGUAAGCUGGGAGCUGUAGGUGGAAUGGACAAAGAAUCAUCCAGCACAAAUACCGGAACCUCUCGUGUUGUCAGGAAGAUUCGUAUAUCAACAACUGAAGAGAAUGCAUUGGUGGAAGAUGCAAAACUCCCAAGCCCAAAACCACCAAAUUUUUUCGGUUGCAAACGGGACAAUUCUGAGUCAUCCCAGGAUGAAGAGCUGGAAUCGCCCGGUUCUGACAUCCGUGGAGAUGACCUGUUUUUGGCUAUCCAUCCAGUGUCAAGCCAAGGAGAGUCAGAAGACAAGUGGCCAGUAACUGGACAAUAUGGAGUCAGAAAACACUCCAAAGACUACAGAAAUCAAAGGACCCUACUCCCAGUCUCUAGCAAAGAACCUUCCUGUCCCCCUGAGGAUAAUGGGCUCAAACACUAUAAAGGAAGUCAAGGAUUCAGAGGAGGAAUGUUACAUUAUGUUAAUGAUAAUAUGCCUACUAAGUCUGAUUACAGGGGUGCUAAAUCAAGCUAUCACAGCUAUUUAGAUCUUUCAUCUAAGGAAGCAGCACAGUUAAAUCAGUGCUCUGGUGAACUGAAACGACCUUCCUCUCCAGCAGAUAGCAUUGAUUCAAACUACACAUUCAUUGUCAGGUCAGGAAGCAGUCGUAGUGAGUCUAUGAAAGGAGAGAAAAAACGGUCUAUCUCUACAGCCGACCUUACUACCAGGGGCCGCCCUUUGAUUAACGGAAAAGGAGAGAACGUAAAGAGAAAGAUGAACCGCUGCCUGUCAGAGAGUCCUCCCUGUACUAAUUCAGAACAAGGCCCUAAAGUUUCUGAAAACUGGGAAUCAAAAGACCAAUCAACAGCAGUCUUCUCUGAGGUUUCCAGUAGAAUUUGCAGAUCUUUGUCUUUGUCUGCUAUAGAGGGAAAAGCUAUGCAGCAAACCAGAUGUGAGCAGAAGAAAGAUAAAAGAAGUGGAGAGAGACCAAAUGUGGGGCUAUUUAUGGUUGAGGAGGAGAAGAGUACUUUAAAAGUUGGACAUCUGGUCAAAAAAAUUGGCAAGCAAGGAUCAGGACGCACUGAUUUCACCUUACCCAGUGGAGUUCAUGCCACUCCUCAAGGGCAGCUGUUUGUGGUGGACUGUGGAAAUGUCCGUGUGCAGAUAACUGAUCUACAAAGAAAUGUUGUGCAACAAAUCUCUCCUCCAACAUGUGAGGGCACUUCCAGACAUUGCCGUAACUUCUUUGAUGUCGCUGGUAAUAGUAAGGGCUUAAUAGCCCUUACUUGUGCUGCUGAACGUGUACUCCUGGUGUUUAGCCGCCAUGGCCGCCUUCUGCAGACCUUCGGAGGAUCAGGGUCAGCAGGUGCUCAGCAAGAUCUGGAAGCUCCAAGAGGAGUCACUGUGACACAGCAAGAUGAGUUUUUGGUGGCAGAUAUCCGUCGUGGAACCUUAACGUCCUUGAAGUUGGAUCCUAAGACAGGAGCUAAGAUGGAGCGCACAGUUGUUACAGGCUUCCAUAGGCCUUACCUGGUGGCAACUUGCUUGAAAUCUGGUUUGAUAGCUGUCUCUGAGAGGGGCAAUGAAACUGGACGGAUACCUUGUAUAAAGGUGCUAGAACCUGGGUGGAACACCAUUCGUAUCUUGGGAAUCUGCUCUGGCAUGGGUCCUGUCCUUUCAAAUCCUUGGGGCAUUUGUAUUGAUACAGAUGGAGAUGUGCUGGUUGCAGACUGGGGAAAGCAGCACUGUAUUGUGCUUUAUUCUUCUGUAGGUGUUGGUCGGUCUAUUGUGAGUAAAGGUCUAAGCAGCCCUAGAGGCCUUGCUGUACUGCCUGAUGGCCACCUUGUAGUAUCAGACAGCAUGAACCACUGCAUUAAGAUUUAUCGCUACAAGUGAAGUAUACAUGCUGUCAGUAACCUUCAAAUAUCAGUUCUUUACAAAAAUGGGUGGAUUGGGUUUGCUUGAUCUCUACUUGAUUAAUCUAUUCUAUUAAAUACCUUAUAUGACCUAAGUAGUAGUAUUAAGAAUGUUAAAUCCUAGUUAGAAAUUCACUCAUU